AUGACCGUCGACGAGACGGGCUACGCCGUGAUUGUCAACACGCUGUCCUGGCUCUUCGCCGACGUUCUCAGGGCGUACGCCUGCAGGAAGAUCGCCAGCCAUCUGGACAGUCACAUGGGCACCCUGGUGGGCGCCCUCAACUCCCUGCUGGCUACCUGCGGCCCGAUGCUCGCCCGCCUUGGCAUUUCGCUCCCGGCCGUGCCGGAGGCGGAGACGGAGGCGUCGAUCGUGGAG